CACCAAAACCCCUCUUACACCCUCUCCUUCCAUAUCUGAUUCCCGUACAGUCCAUGACAGACAAGGUCGAUUGGAGCCAAGGUCAAACACCUGCGCCUUCAGCCUUACGUCUUUUUCCUCCUUCCCACUCGCCGUUCCCGGUCGGUAGACGUUGAUUCACCCACUGGAAGACGGGAAGACGCCGCGCCACCACCCUCCAUCAUGAUCUUCAUUCCCUUGCCCAAGACGGCUACCUCUCCCCUUCCUCCUCCUUCACGAUCACCCUUGGCAGAUAGUAGUUCUAGCACUUCAGGAGCAGGAGAUGGCAUUACAAGAAGACGCUCACGGCGUCCCUCGAGCAAAGCACAGCAGAGCAGCUCCGUCUCUCCCUCCGCUUCUUCACGAGCGUCCACCUCUGUCAGCCGCGAAGGGUCAGCCGCGGCUAAUGCUACUGCCAGCUCUGUGAAUACUUCUGCUCGAUCUACUCCAGAAAUCAGUGUACCGCCUUCGGCUGUGGCGAGUGCUGCUGUGCAGAGGGAUCUGGCUAGGGUGUGGGAGGCAGUCAGUGAUUCAAGGAGGAUAGUCGUCGUAUGUGGAGCGGGCAUCUCCGUCUCGCAGCCUGCCGGCAUUCCAGACUUUCGCUCCUCUACCGGUCUCUUCAAGUCUCUCAAGGAGCAGCACCCCGAGGCUGGCCUUACCAGCGGAAAGGACCUCUUUGACGCCCGACUCUUCCAGUCAGAAGCAAAUACUGCUCUGUUCUACUCUAUGAUCGCUUCGCUACACAAGAUGACUGUCUCGGCGCAGCCUACCCUUUUCCAUCACUUCCUCCGAUGUCUUGAUGAGCAAGGGCGGUUACAGCGCGUGUACACGCAGAAUAUCGAUGCGCUCGAGGAGAGGGCCGGGCUGACAUUUGGCCUGGGAGAGGGAGCAGGAAGGCUCUUCAAAAAGACCGCCAGUCUAGGCAAGAGGAAGCGGGCUGCCGGAACCGGUGUAGCUGUGAAGGUCGAAGCUGAGGACCAGACGCUUCCCGCAGGCAGACGGAGAGCUACCUGGAGCAAGAGUCAAAGUGCACCAAGCGUAUCGCUCGCGCCUUCGCCUAGCCUCUUUGGUCCUUCACCAGAACCGACGACGGCCAUGUUCCCACGAGUCAUCCCUCUGCACGGCUCACUGGCGAAUCUCGUCUGUACAGCUUGCGAUCAUAAGAUGGCCACUCUCCCCACACCUUCUGAAGCAGUAGCCACCGCUAUUCAAUCGCUCGCAGACGGCGAACCGCCCGAGUGUCCUGCUUGCUCGGAGAGAGAUGCAGUGCGUCUCGCAGCAGGUCUACGGUCGCGCGGUAUCGGGUUCCUCAAGCCAGAUGUGGUACUCUAUAACGGCGACAACAAGUCAGGAGAGAGGGUGGGAGAGUGUCUUGAGAGAGAUGUAUUGGGAUUGAGAGAUCCUCUCGAUGGCAAGGUGCCUGAGACUACCAACGAACGACUCGUUAGGAAGAGAAGGGCCGAGAAAGAAGCCGAAAAAGAGAGGUCUUUCGCCAUCACUGAAGAGGAAGAGGUCAGUCAGUCAAUGCUCAGCGUCGGUGGACUGCUAGGGGGAGGAGGCGAUGAUGUACUAGGCAAGGUCUUCGAAGAAGACGAACAAGACGAGGAGGAGGAAGAGGGCAAGAUGGCCGACAGUCUGGCCGAUUGCCACGUCUCUGGACCCAAGCCGCGGCCUCGCAAGGGGAUCCAGCGAGCGGUGACCCAGCCGACUCCAACGGCGAUGAUCAAACAAGCAAGCACGACUUCCUCCGACGGCGGCGCUAGUACUGCCGGUGGGACUCCCACCAGCAGGAAUGGCAAAGCCAAGCUCAAGCCUCUACCCCCAGAUCUGCUCAUCGUAGCUGGUACAUCCCUGAAAGUGCCAGGUACCAAGCGCGUGGUGCGAGAAUUUGCCAAGGCAGCUCGAGCUAGAGACGGCAUCGUGCCCAAGGGAUGCAAAUCUCGGCACAAUGCCUCUGCCAACGACAACCGUGAAGGCUCCAACACCCCUUCCUCUCGCUCUCGAUCCCGCUCACGCAUAUCACCGGGCGAAGUAGAUUCGGACAGUGACGCUGAUUCAGACUCGGAUGAGGAAGGUGCCCGCGAAGACGGUAGCAAUCCACACCGCCCAAUCCGGACCGUACUGCUCAACUACGACUUCCCAGUCCCCUCCAAGGAAUGGGAGGGCAUCUUUGACGUAUGGAUUCAAGGCGAUGUGCAAGCUUCUGCUGGUGGGUUGUGGAAGGCUGCGCAGGGCUUUGGGAGGGGACGACCCGUCGGCGCUGGGGACGACUCGGAGGAGGAGGACGCAAAGGAUGCUGCUGCGGGGGAAGAGGCGGAGAGUAUCGAGGGCUGCGAAGGGUGGCAUGUGGGCAUGGAUCAGCUGGACGAAGCUCGUGAAGUAGCCAAGAAGAACGGCAAGCUGGCUAGAGUCAGCAAGCAAGCCUUCACCGCAGGAGAGGACAAAGAUUUCCUUUCACCACCACUCAGAACGAGCAGUGCGAAGAGCACUCGUCGAGUCAGCUCUACAGCUACAAACGGGCUUUCGGCUUCAGCAGGAGGCCGAAGAUCACCCGCCGCAGGGACUUCUGCCACCUCGCGUCUCAAAGCCCUCAAGGAGGAAAACGCAUCCUCGGCCGCUGCUGCCGGGUUUGGGGAAGGAGAGGAUGUGGAUAUGACCGAGACGUCGAUGGACUAUAGCGACGGUAGCUCCCCAGUGAUCAAGGUCACACCUGCUGCUUCACCGCAGAAAGGACGGGUGGGACCCAAGAGUCCGCAGAAGCCCAAGGUCGCUAAAGUUACCAAAGCAGCAAGCGGGACUAGUACACUGAAGCGAACCCCAUCGCUCAAGUCUGCAGCUGCUAGGAAGACACUGGCGGCAAAUGGGAGCGAUGGCUCUGCCAUUGCCGCUGCUACAGCCACUACCCUUGCGUCAGAUGUCGCCCCCUCAACCAGCAAAGGCAAAGCAGAGAGCAACAAGUCUGCCAAUCAGGGCCAGGUGGAUAAAAGCUUCACUGCCGUCAAGCGACGAAAUUCGAUGCCCAACACGUCCACCUCCACUUCCAUUGCAGGGACCACUGCUGGCAAGACCAAGGCUGGAGCCGGCAAGGAGGGCUCAGCAGCAGGUGCAGGGGGAGCAGGAGGGAGUAAGGUGGCGCGAAAGCCCUCGGUUGGAAGACCGAGGAAGAGUGUAGGCGGGUAGACUACCGCUGCAUCAUCUCGCACCUGAGAAAAAGUGGGAAGCACCCUCGAUACUCUACUUGCAACCUCUGUAAUGUCCUCUGGCGGAUCUGCUCGCGUUUCUUCCUCGUACUAGACUUCUUCUAUCCCAGGAUCGGAUCGUCUCCACCUACUCUCCAUGCCAUGCCUCACCUCUUGUCAAUGCCCCAUCCAAGACGUCUCUGCGAAACCUGCAAUGCAUCGAUCGCGUCACUUCGAGC